UUUAUGUUUUUCUUUAUGUGUUCAGGAUUCCUGGCUCUAGGAAAAGAUUGGCAGGGUUAUUGUAAGGCUUUGGAGUUUUAUCUCCAGCAGGUGGCAACACACCCAACUCUCUGCAAGUGCAAAGCACUGGACAGCUUUCUUAAUAACUCUGAGUCUCCUGGAAAACAGAGAGGCAGGAGAGGAAUCUUUAAUCGCCUUAGUCAGGCUGUGGAGGAGAUGAGGAAGGAAAGUCAUAAGGAUGUGGACAACUUCUUUCAGAACGAGAGAAAUAAAAACACAAAUAUUGCCACUUUGUCAAAGGUUGCCACAGAGAAAUUAAUCGAUGUUGUGAUGACAGAGCAAAAGCUUGCUUUGGCCUGUGGACAUUUCUCCACAUCUCUUCAUCUUUGUGUGAAUCAGGACGAUGCAGCUGCUGUAGCUUUCUCCAAGGUUUGUUUGAAGCUGUCUGAUAUUAUUGAGGCAGUAAAGCAAAACUUUGAGAAAGUUGCCAGUAACAACCUAAGCACUCUUGGUUUGGGUCUGGACCUGGAGUCUCGCUACCAAGAGGCAGAGAAAGAGAUGCUCUUCAGAAGAACCUGUAAACUGAUAGAGCUGGAAAAUGUUAAGAAGACUACAGAAAAAGCCAAGGCCAAUAAGAGAGAAGUGAUGGAAGCGUUUCAAAAAGCUGUUGAGAAAGAGUUUAACCUGAUUUCAUCUGUGGCUAAAGAAGAGAUUGAGCGCUUCCAUAGCUCCCGAGUGAAUGUGAUGAAGAACUUCCUGAUUGGCUGGUGUGAACAGCAGCUCAACACAGCGAAAGAGUGUGCUGAACUCUACUCUCAGCAUCUUGAAGCUUGCAGAAACAUGUAUUCAGAAUGAAUGAAACAAACAGGUGAUAGAUCAUAAGAAUAUUUUUGGUAAGACUGCUAAAAAUAGAAAAUAUAUAAUGAAAUGAUAAAAGUGCAAUGUAAAUUCGUUUUUUUCGAUUUAAAAAGAAAAAGAAACUGUCCUCUUUAAUCUGAUUGUGGCCUACAUAAUGGUUUUCAGCUUUUAAUGCUGAAAAGUCAUCUAACUUUAACUUCCAUUUCCACAAUUCAAAGUUAGACUAUAGAUUCAGAAGUGAACUUUGUCCUAUGUAAGCUUGCAGUAAAGCAAUAAAACCCAUGACUGUUUCUA